UAUACUUGUUUUGUAGAAAAAUCGGGAACUCUAUGAAUUGGUUACUACUUUACGAGAUGAUCUUGCUCAAUGUGAACACCAUAUCAAAGAGUUAGAGACAAUAUUAGCCAGUAAAGAAGAUGAUCUGGCUGCAAAAGUUAACCAGCUGACGAAACAGAACAUGAAACUUGGACGGUCAAUGCAAGCAAAGCAGGUUUUCUCAGAAAAGUUAUUGAAAGAGAACAAGAGGCUGAAUGAAAUUGUUGAUCAGCAAAAAGGACUGCUCGUUGUAGACCGAGAUAUUCCUGAUGGACAAGCCAUUGAGGAUAAAAUAAUUGUGAGUUCUAAAACUAUAUUUAGGGCUGGAUUGAUGUAGUUUUAGGAAACAAUUUUUAAGUGUGUAAGUACCUAAAUAGAACACAUUUUGUGUAUGGUGUUCUGAAACAAAAGUGACUAGUCUCUAAACUAUUACAGGUAAACUACGUGAAGCGUUCCUCUUUUGACUUCGUAACUCAUUUGGAAUUUUCCUCAUUAGCUUUGCAAAUUUGAAAAACUCUUUCCAAAUCCCUUGAGGGAAUUUGCAAUGUUCCUAUCGGCUGUUGCAAUAUUCCAAACUUCAUUUUAAAUUUUCCCAACUUCCUGUUUAAUUUCCUAACUUCCUGUUCUGUUCUGAGCGUUGUUAUUGGUGGAUUAUUUUUGUUAGCCAAUUGCAACGCCCAGAACAGAACAGGAAGUUAGGAACUUGUAACAGGAAGUUAAGAACUUCUAACAGGAACUGAGGAAAUUUUUUUUUGCCUUUGCAACAUUGCAAAUUCCCUCAAAUCCAUUCCCUCAAGGGAUUUGCAAGGGAGUUUUUUAAAUUGCAAAAGUAAUGAGGAAAAUUGCAAUCAAUUUAGAAACUCAAAAGAGGAACGCUUCACGUAGUUUACCUGCAAUUCUUCAGUGUUUAAUUAAAUAUGAUUUCUAGGGAAAUCUAUUUAAUCUAUUGUCUUUUAUGCCAUGAUCAACCAAUCACAAACCACUUAAUAAGUUGGUAGCAACCCUUUUAAAUCAGAGAAGAAUAAGAAACACUGUUUUUAACCCAGCACUAUGUCUUUCUCCCUUGUGAGUGAAAUCAUCUUGCAUUAGGCAGAGUAAAAUAACAAAGUAGGGCAUAUCUGGGUGUAUUAUGCCACUUAAAAUGUUAGCAAGACACAGGGGAAAACAGUUUGACUCCAGGGGUCGAAAUUGUAAAAAUUCUUUAGUUGCCCAAGUGACUACCAGUAAAUAUGUUCUGGUCACCAAAUUUAACAUCAAGCUACCCCCAAAUCAAUGUGUAAUUAUGAAGUAUUCUCUGUGGAUAUAAAUAAUUUUAUUUAAUCAUUUGUCACUGUACAGUACCAUCAUUAUGCAUACAUCUACAAUAAACAGAGGACACAUGUGUGACUGGAGAAAGGAACAGGACUUGCGUCCCAAUUGACGCCUGAACCCAACGUUAUAACUAGACUUUGCUGCUUGUUGCACACCAAGCCCAAGACCUUCCUUCCAUGGUUGUUUAAUUAAUAUAUUGUUGUCUAAUAUCUUUUGGGAAAAUAUGUGCAAAAGCAGAAUGAAGUGCUUGAUCACAGAUAUAUGUUCGGGAUUUAGAUUAUUUAGGGAUUAUUUUAAUUUAUCUCAGUUGCCACGAGGGCUACCUUUGGCAAAUACAGCAUCUCAGGUUGCCAGAUAAAAAAAUUGGUCGGAAUUGGCAACCUGGUGCCUGCUCAUUUCAACGCAGGCUCAUUACAACAAGUACUUUAGAUUCCCCAUAGCAAGUAAAAUUGUCUGGCGAUAUGCAGAGUGACAACAGAGUAUAAUAUAACAACUGCAUGCAAAAUAUGCCACUUCAAAUUAAGGGUUAAUACUGUAUUGUGGAUAGCAAUAUGGAAAUUUACUUAUUUUAUUUGUAAAUGUAUAAUUUUGACUCAGGUGGAUGAAAAUGCAACUACUAGUGCAGCAAAUGCUAUUUCAAAUAAAGAGCGAGAAAAAAUGGUGGAAGAGAAAGAGAAGGUUAUAUUAGAGCAAGCAGAGAAGAUCCAGGAAUUGCUCACAAAAAUUGAAGAUGCAUUCAAGCGAAUAACCGAAUUGUCAACUGAAGUAGCAAAAACAAAUGAAGGGAAACAAAAAGUGGAACAUGAAUUGAGUGAAACUGCAAAGAAGUGUUCUGAUUUCCAAAAGAAAUGCGCUGGUUUCUUCAACCAAGUUGUGAGCUUGAAUUCAAAGCAACAAGAAUCUGAGGAGGAGAUUUCUUCCCUGAAACGAGCAUGUGAAAAUUUCCGUGCACAACUUGCUGAAAAAGACGCCAUGAUGAUCACGAUGAGAGAUUCAGUAAGUUUGUUUCAAAUACUGUAUACGUACAACACAACAGCGACAAAAAGUUAAUCUGUUAAGUUAUACAAUUUUUUCCAGAGUUCUACAGCAUUACCAUAAAGAAUAUUUCUGGUACUGUAAUGUAAGAAAUAUUUCAGAAAAAUAUAUAAUAUAAUUAAUUAAAGAAUUAAAGAACAUUUAAGGUUACAGAACACCUUUGAGUGUUAGUUUUGCCUAAAAUUUUUUUAUUGGUUUCAAUGAAGGCAUUGGACUAGUUCUACUAUCUGACCAAGUUUGAACGAAAAAUUCACUCAAACAAUUCAGAAAUAUAUUGCAGUCGUCAAAGAAAUCGCCAUAUCAGCGGAAUGACGAAAUAAACAAAAAUUUCCGAACACAAGUUUUUAGAACAACUAUUUUACUGUAUAAAAAUGAUAUUUUCAUAAAUAUAACUUAUUUAUUUAUUUAUUUAUUUAUUUAUUUAAUGAAUUUAUUGAGCAAUCUACAUACGUACUAUAUCAGGUACAAAGAUAAAAACUUGACAAACGAAAGACAAAACACACGUCACAAAUCACAAAUUAGUAGAUACACUCAAACGGAAAAGCACAAACGGGACACUAAAAGUCCCAUGCGAGGUGCUCCCCGUAAUUAGUUUUGAUAUAGUUAAUUAAUUACACACACACACACACAUAUAUAUUACUUGUGGUAUUAAGUCCUAUGGCAAGGACAGUCACGAUUUAAUGACCACGUACAAGCCAUGUCUACGUCAUAAACAUUACUAAUUAAUGUAUAGUAUCUACGUUUAAGAUAGUGCUUAAAAGAGUUUGGAUUACGGAAAAUGUCAGGUGAGAUUUCUUGGCACACUGUGUUCCAAAUCUUUACAACACGAUUGUAGUAUGAAAACUGGAAAGUAUUAGUUUUACAGAGUUUACUUUGAAGGAUAUAUCUUGACAUAUGGCUCAGUCUAGUACGACCAUGGCCCACAAACGACACAUAGUUAUCGAUAUUGACGUCAAUGUAACUAAACAAUGAUUUGAAGAAAUACACCAAGUCUCUGACUUCUCGAUCAUAGGUUAACGGUAGCAGAUCUAAUGCUAAUAACCGUUCUCUGUACGACAGUUCUCCUCGCUUUGUCAUUGUUAUCCACCUAGUAGCUCUUCUUUGCACUUUUCCAACACGUCUUGAAAUCUGGACGCUGUUAACCGGCGACCAUACCUCUGUAGCAUAACACAGCUGGGACUUGACCAACGAUAAAUAUAAAGUUCGUCUGAUUUUCAUGUCCAUCAAUUUGGUACAAGUUCUUCUAAGUACGCCUAAUAUUUUGUUGGCCUUCGCGACGAUGGUGUUCGCGUGAAUGUCCCAAGAAAGUUUUGAUGUGGUGGUAAUUCCAAGAUCUUUUUCGCUAUCUACUCGAGUCAGGUUUUGGCUCCCAAGAGUGUAGUCAUGAAUGAUAGGAUUUUUCUUUCUGGUGAUGGUGAGAACUUUGCACUUAGAGACGUUGAAGCGGAGGUUGUUUUCCAUAGUCCAGAGAUUAAGAUUGGAUAGAGAGUGUUGUAAAGACGCACAAUCACGAUUACAGGUAAUGGUUUUGUGCAGUUUGGUGUCAUCUGCAUACAGAGCUGUACCGGUUCGGGCUUCUACGAUGUCGGGUAGAUCGUUGAUGAAUACUACAAACAACAGGGGUCCUAGAAUGCUUCCCUGAGGCACACCGGAAGUAACGGAAGACCAUUUCGAAGUCGCACCAUCCAUAACGACUCUUUGUGUCCUACCAUUAAGGUAGUUAACAAACCAAUCAAGAGCUGAGCCAGUCACACCGUAACAACGAAGUUUAGCUAGGAGGAUCGUGUGAUCUACAGAGUCGAAUGCCUUGGCAAAGUCGAGGUACAAUACAUCAGUCUGAGUGUUUCUGUCUAGAUCUUGUCCGAUGACCUGGAGGACAGACAGGAGUUGGGUGACGCAGGAUCUAUUUCUGAGAAAGCCGUGUUGGGAUGGACUGAUGAGGUGAGCAACAUGGUCAUAAAAUCUUGAGUAAACGCAGCGUUCCAGGAUCUUGCUAACGAUAGGCAAUAACGAGAUUGGCCUAUAGUUAUCUGCUGGUUCUUUCGAGUCUUUUUUAUAUAUGGGGGUCAGAUUUGCCGAUUUCCACUCCGAUGGAAUAAAACCAGAUUUGAGAGAGGCGUUGAAAAGGACACACAGGCUUGGGGCAAUUUGUUGAUGACAUUUUUUUAACUUAAAACCAGCAGGAACAUAACUCAAAAGCGUAAAGGUACCGCGACUUAAGAAUUUUGCUGAAUAAUUCUUACAUUAUUUUAUUGCUUGUUAAUUUUACAACUUUAUCAUAUUUUGCAUGCACUGGAGAACAUUUGGUGAAAAUUUGAUGAAAAUCGGACUGAUAUUGAGCGCGCAGAAGCGAUUUUCCGCAAAACGCCAAAAAGGGUGUCCUGUAACCUUAAAAGACAAUAUAAAGCCUACAAGAACUACUGGAUGACAUCUUGGAGCAAUCGCACAAUUAAAAACUAGGGUACCUGCAAGGUAGGGAUUGCUGCGAGCAUUAAAAGCAAAUAGAACUACAGUAAACAGCACAGAUCUUUUUAGAUCUGUCACCUCUGAUAUGCCCUUUAACCCCUGGUUCCAUUCACAGCUCAUGAUUGUGCUGUUUACUGUAGUUCUAUUUGCUUUUAAUGCCCGCAGCAAUUCCUACCUUGCAGGUACCCUAGUUUUUAAUUGUGCGAUUGCUCCAAGAUGUCAUCCAGUAGUUCUUGCAGGCUUUAUAUUGUCUUUUAAGGUUAAAAACAUGUGCGUUUCAUUGACAUGUGUGUCUCAAAAUUGACAUGUGCGUUUAAAAACAUGUGCGUCUCAUUGACAUACAGGUAAAUUAAGAUCAGAUUUCAUAUCAAGUCUGUUUACUGCUAGGCGCAUUUACCACAUUAUAUAGACUAUAUACACAGAUUUUUCACACUAAGAAACCAAAACUUUAUAAAAAUAUAGAACUGACAGUGGCCAAAGUCCAAAACAAAUGUAAGCGUAACAUUAGACUUGAAAAAGCUUUAGAAAUUCGAUAAAAAUUCGAAAAUUCGAGCGAGUUUAAAAUUUGUGUUCUGCGCAUAGAAAGCGCGCACGACCACAAUUCCAUGCGCUUAAUAAAAUUUAGUUCAAAACCCCCUCUCUGCAUAUAUUAGGUUGCUGCUACGCUCGCUCGCUUCAGGCUCGCUCGUUCCGCAGCAAUAAUGCCUUGAAUUUUGGGUUAUUUCUUUAAGAAUAACCGUAACAAUUUAAUAAGGGAAUAUAAUAUGCAAGAUUAUUAGAUAUAUUAAUAUAAUUAUAAUUCUUCAGGAUUAUAGUAAAAAUAUUUUAAUAAAACAGACAGUCUAAAUACUAUACAGUAUACACAGACAUAUAGUUGCAUGCAGAAAUUAGGAAGUCAUAUGAAGCAGCACUUAUAGAGUCUAAGGCUAACUCACUCCGCCCUGAAGCUAACUGGAAAGUUAAAAUAUGCGCUCAAAACGUCAAAACAUACUUGAAUUACAAGCCAAAAGUACCUCCACAUAAAUAAAAAUCAACAGGCAGGCAUGCAAAAACAUCAAUAUUUUAGUGUAUUUUGUCUCAUUGCAGUUAAAGACGUAUGAGGAUGAUUUCCGACGUGAAAAUGAGGAGAAAGCAGCCAUUCAGAAAAGAAUGGAAACAGCACAACAAGAAAGUGAACGCUUGAGACGUGAAAAUCAAUCACACAUGGCAACAAUACGUCAUUUUGAAAGUGAAGUAAGGAAUACCCUAGUGGGUUCCAUUUAAUAACCUAUUGAGUGCCAGUGCGCUCUUUCAUUGACGUGUAUGAUGGAAUGCCUGGAUCCGUCUUCAGUAUAAAUGUUAUGGCGAAAAGUGAAUAUUAACAAUUCCUUAUUUUUCAGAUAGAACGCAUGAGCAAACUACUAAACGAUGAGAAGAAUCGUCAUAAGGUAAAUGAAUGUAUAUAAUGUAUAGAUUAUUCCCACAGAGGUUAAAUUGUUGGUGAAGAAAAUAGCACAUUAAAAUUUUAUUUUAUAACUAGACUACCACUAGCUUUCAGACUGGUUUUGGUCAGCCAUUAUUUGGAUCAAGUGCAUCAAGGAGCUUCUUUCAAGUAAG